CGGGACUUCAGCUGUCAUAGACACGUGUACUAGGAAAUAGGAAGUAAAUACAGAGGAAUCAACAGAGCCACAGGUCUAAAGUCUGGCACCAUGCUGGAAGGCUACAGCCCUGUGACCCAGGCCCUAUUGGGCACUCUGUUUACCUGGGGUCUGACUGCUGCUGGAGCUGCCCUAGUGUUCGUCUUUUCCAGCCGACAGAAGCAGAUCUUGGAUGGAAGUUUGGGUUUUGCUGCCGGGGUAAUGUUGGCUGCUUCCUACUGGUCAUUACUGGCACCAGCAAUCGACAUGGCAGAGGAUUCUGGGAAGUACGGUUCAUUUGCCUUCCUACCGGUGGCUGUGGGAUUCACACUUGGAGCAGCUUUUGUUUACUUUGCUGACCUGGUUUUGCCUUUGCUGGGUGUCGGCGCCAACCCCCACACUGCCUUGGCUCUGCCCCCUGACUCCAAGCUGGCAAAGGAAAAAGCAGAGGAUCCAUUGUUCCAGCUCCCAGGCUCGGAUGAGAUGACUAUCAGGAUAGGUAGAGCUGGACCUUUCACAGACAAAAUUGACAAUGGUGAUGUCUACCAAAGAAGAAGAGCGACCAAUUUGGGCCACUCCGAUGGGCAAGAAUCAGGAAGUAAAACACCAGAAGCAGUUGGUCAAACAGGCAACAGUUGGCGCCGAAUUCUGCUGCUUAUCCUAGCCAUCACCAUCCAUAACAUCCCAGGGUUGCUGGGGGGCACCACCCUGCCUCUCACCACCCAGACAGCAGAGGGCUUGGCUGUAGGGGUUGGUUUUGGAGCCAUAGGAAAGACUCCUUCUGCUACCUUUGAGAGUGCCAGGAAUUUGGCUAUCGGCAUUGGCAUCCAGAAUUUUCCAGAAGGCUUGGCAGUGAGCUUGCCUCUGAGGGGUUCAGGGGUCUCAACAUGGACGGCCUUCUGGUAUGGUCAGCUCAGUGGAAUGGUAGAACCCAUUGCUGGCCUGCUGGGCGCCGUAGCUGUUGUUCUGGCAGAACCUCUUCUGCCGUAUGCUUUGGCAUUUGCUGCCGGAGCGAUGGUCUAUGUGGUGGUGGAUGAUAUCAUACCUGAGGCUCAAGUCAGUGGUAACGGCAGGCUGGCUUCCUGGACCUCCAUUCUAGGAUUUGUCGUGAUGAUGUCACUAGAUGUGGGGCUGGGCUGAGGAUGCCAUGGGGACAGAGAAAAACCGAGGCUCACAGAAGCACCGCUGACCUCAAUUUCGAAAAAAGGGACCAAAUGUGUUUUUUCUAAGACACCAUAGUUUAGUCUAAUUAAUGCUACUUGAAGUUGAAUGGUUUGCAAUUUUUUAAAUGCAAUGCUUCCUGUACUUGAACUGAUAAAUUUUCUAAGAGAUGUUUGCAGAUAAAUAAAACAUGUUAUUCAGGAAUACAUAAGGAUACGAUAAGGAUGUUAUGAUUCAAGAACUGGUGAAGGUUUUGUUCAGUCUGCUAAUGUUUUUUGAGGAAUACAAAACUCUAAAAUGAAA